ACCACUGUCUCAUUAAUUUCAAAACACUUCGAGCUCAAAGUUUUCUCAUCUCUUCUCUCAGUUUCAAGAAAACCAACCACAACGCUUGACUCUUGGUAAGUUCUUCCAUCUCUCUCAUGACAUUUUCUCAGGAAAACAUGAGCUUGAUAUCCCCUUCAUCAUCACCACAAGUUAUACCUCAGAAACCAAACACAAGCUUCGACUUAGCCAGCAAAGUCAGCCCAGACAUCCUCCUAAUAAUCAUAAUCCUCUCCAUCAUCUUCUUCAUCUCCGGUCUCAUCCACAUCCUCGUCAAGUUCCUCCUCAUGCCAUCAACCCAAAACAGAGAAGAUUACUUUGACAACAGCAGCGCCACAGCUCUUCAAGGCCAGCUUCACCAACUUUUCCACCUCCACGAUUACGGCGUUGACCAGUCUUUAAUCGACACGUUACCUGUUUUUCAUUACAAAUCCAUCACCGGCCUCAAGAUCUCACCUUUCGAUUGUCCCGUUUGUCUCUGCGAGUUCGAAGCAGAUGACAAACUCAGACUCUUGCCUAAAUGCAGCCACGCCUUUCACGUUGACUGUAUAGACACGUGGCUUCUCUCUCACUCUACUUGUCCACUUUGCAGAUCCAAUCUCCUUCUCUCUGAUUUCUCACCACAUCAUAGUCCAUAUCUCCUUGUUCUUGAGUCCGCGAGUGGUAGAGACAUGGUUCCUGUUCCUGAGGCUAAUGAUCUUGGGACGACCCAUUUCGGGUCGGGUCGUACACCAUGCGACCCGGAUGGUGAAUUGGAUGGUGUACAUGGAAAUGUUGUUCCUUUAGAAGUUAAGCUAGGGAAGUUUAGGAACAUGGAUCAUGUUGGUGAAGGAAGUAACAAUAAGAAUAGUAUUAGUGGUAAUAGCAAUUUAGAUGUAAGGAGGUGUUUUUCAAUGGGAUCAUUUGAGUAUAUUAUGGACCAAGAAGCUACACUUAAGGUCCACGUUACGACCAAGAAACAAUCCGACAAAGACAUUCGCUUGUCUGGCCGUAGAGCAGUUAUGUCGGAAUGCGGUUUUGAUACUAGGGUUAAGGGAAUUGGGAAAAGUGUUGUGGAAAGAGAGAGCUUUUCUUUGUCGAAAAUUUGGCUAAGGGGGAAAAAGGAGAAGCAAAAGGUUACUAGUGUUAGAGAUCAAGAAUGUUCUUCACUGUCUUCCUUUUCAAUCCAAUUUCCAAACCAAAGCAAUCCUCCAGAGAUGAAGAGUGGGAUCGAUGAAGAGAAUCAAAAGAGCGAAAAUUCGGAAUCUUUGGAGACGAAAACGCCAUCUUUUGCUAGGAGGACCAUGCUUUGGCUUGCAGGGAGACAAAACAAGGUUGUUCAUCCUUCAACAUCCCAUGUCUAGUUUUUGACUUUUUCUACAAUUGUUUGUGUUUCAUUAGAGAGAGAGUAGAUGAACAUUGGUAUUCAAAAAAAAAAAAAGAGAGUAGAUGAAUAGUGGGAGAUUAAUUAAUAUAUGUAGGGAUCUUACUUCUUAGGCACAUUGAGAAUUUGGUGGGUCUGUAUUGCAGACAUUUCAAUUAUUGUUUUAAUUUUUAUUAUUUGUUUC